AUGAACAACAUGGAAGCUGCUCACCAUACAGCAACGUAUGACAUGACUUCCAAUAUGACAAGCUUCGAACCAACACCCAAUAUGCCAGCCUUCGACGCGGCGUCACAUACAGAAAACAUGGACGGUCGACACACGCCUGACGAUGAACACGAGCCUUGCAUCAGAGCUAAUGCUGGAUCUGGAGGACAUAACUUAUCACCGACUGAUCCUGAUAGCCCCAUGAGUUGGUCAUUUCUCAAGAAAGUCUACGUUUCAGCCUGUUCAUUCUUGUUUGUCUUUGUCAUUAUGUAUGGAACAACCACUUACACAGCAGCCAUCGGCGCCAUUCCAGAGGCAUUUGGUGUCUCCCAGCGCGUCGCUGUUCUCGGUUUCACGAUGCCAUUCUUUGGCGUCUUUUUCGCACCCAUCUACACUCCGCAUCUCUCUGAGCGAUAUGGCCGACGACCCAUCUACUUCACCAGCUUCCCGCUUUUCUGCCUCUGUGUGAUUGUAAUCGGUCUUGCGACAAACAUUUCGACACUGCUGGCUUUCCGCUUCUUGGCUGGGUUUUUUGGAGGUCCCUGCGUUGUCUUGAUCGAAGGCACUUUCGCUGAUGUCUGGUCUGCCAAUAAGACGGUGACAUAUUACUCCUUCCUGACUCUUGCCUCUUAUCUUGGAGCUACUGCCGGCCCUAUUAUCGGAGGCUUUGUCUUUGCAGCCAAAGGGCCCGCCUGGCUCUCAUGGGUUACCCUCAUCUUUGCCACCGCAGCCCUUGCAUUUGGCUCCUUCAUGCCCGAGACAUACGGCCGAGAGAUCCUACGAACCCGCAUUCGCUACAACAAGAGCGGUAUCAGAUUGCCAUGCGCUCAAAGCGGCGUGACACUAUCCGAAAUGACCCAUAUCACCGUUCUUACACCAGUCAAAAUGCUCUUUACAGAACCCCUCGUCGUCGUCAUCUCUCUCUACCUUGGCCUCAACUUUGCAGUUGUGUUCCAGUGGUUCAUUUCUGUACCAGCUGCAUUGGGCGCCACGUAUGGCUUCGGAGUUAAACAAUCUGGUCUGGCCUUCGUCUCCGCUAUUGUCGGAGUGAUACUCGCACUUCUUACCUCCUCUUUGAUCGAGGCUCUACUCUCCAGUCGAGCUAAACGAAACGUGGAAGAUAUCGAGAAGCGUCUUGUUCCAGCCAUGUUCGGAGGGUUCUUGGUAGCUGGUUCUCUGUUCUGGGUAGCUUUCACUGCAACUCCCGGCAUUCACUACCUUGCUCCAAUUUCUGGCACAGCAGUAUAUGUCUGGGGCAACGCGAUGGUUCUUAUCUCGUUCAUUUCCUAUCUGUUUGAUGCAUAUCCGCCAGCUGGAACUCUAUCUGCCCUCACCACUGCGGCAUGCUUUCGAUUGGCCUGCGCAGGCAUUGUACCAGUCUUCAUCCUCGACAUGCUUACCAACCUUGGUGGAGCCUGGACUUUCAGCCUCUUUGGCAUUAUCUCUGGUGUCAUGACUUCGGUUCCCUUUGUUCUUUACUGGUUUGGAGCCCAUUGGCGUAGCAAGAGCAGGUACGGUACUCGUUGGACUGCAAUUCCCGAGGUGCACACGAUGGCAUAG